CGGAAGCUGCCGCAGGCAUGGCGGGGGCGAUGUCGCUCGGUCUGGUUGUGUUCCUGCUCCUGGGGCCGGGGGGCUGGGGCCGUGUAGAUCCCCCACGCGACAGCCUGCGGGAGGAGCUCGUCAUCACCCCGCUGCCUUCUGGGGACGUAGCCGCCACAUUCCAGUUCCGCACGCGCUGGGAUUCGGAGCUGCAGCGGGAAGCGUCUCAUUAUAGGCUGUUCCCCAAAGCCUUGGGGCAGUUGAUCUCCAAGUAUUCUCUACGGGAGCUGCAUCUGUCAUUCACUCAAGGCUUCUGGAGGACUCGGUACUGGGGGCCCCCCUUCCUGCAGGCUCCCUCAGGUGCAGAGCUCUGGGUCUGGUUCCAAGACACUGUCACUGGUGUGGAUAAAUCUUGGAAGGAGCUCAGUAACGUCCUCUCAGGGAUCUUCUGUGCCUCUCUCAACUUCAUCGAUUCUACCAACACGGUCACUCCCACUGCCUCCUUCAAACCCCUGGGGCUGGCCAAUGGCACUGAUCACUAUUUCCUGCGCUAUGCUGUGCUGCCGCGGGAGGUUGUCUGCACUGAGAACCUUACCCCAUGGAAGAAGCUCUUGCCCUGUAGUUCCAAGGCAGGCCUCUCUGUGCUGCUGAAGGCUGAUCGCUUGUUCCACACUAGCUACCACUCCCAGGCAGUGCAUAUCCGCCCUAUUUGCAGAAAUGCACGCUGUACCAGCAUCUCCUGGGAGCUGAGGCAGACCCUUUCCGUUGUGUUUGAUGCCUUCGUCACAGGGCAGGGGAAGAAAGACUGGUCCCUCUUCCGGAUGUUCUCCCGGACCCUCACAGAGCCCUGUCCCCUGGCUUCAGAGAGCCGAGUCUAUGUGGACAUCACCAACUACAACCAGGCAAAUGAGACGUUGGAGGUGAACCCGCCCCCCCCCACCACAUACCAGGACGUCAUCCUGGGCACCCGGAAGACCUAUGCCGUCUAUGACUUGUUUGACACGGCCGUGAUCAACAACUCCCGCAACCUCAACCUCCAGCUCAAGUGGAAGAGACCCCCAGAGAAUGAGGCCCCGCCAGUGCCCUUCCUGCACGCCCAGCGAUAUGUGAGCGGCUAUGGGCUACAGAAUGGGGAGCUGAGUACCCUGCUCUACAACACGCACCCCUACCGGGCCUUCCCCGUGCUGCUGCUGGACACUGUGCCCUGGUACCUGCGGCUGUAUGUGCACACCCUCACCAUCACGUCCAAGGGCAAGGAAAACAAGCCAAGUUACAUCCACUACCAGCCUGCCCAGGACCGGCUGCAGCCCCACCUCCUAGAGAUGCUGAUUCAGCUGCCUGCCAACUCGGUCACCAAGGUCUCCAUCCAGUUUGAGCGGGCGCUGCUCAAGUGGACCGAGUACACCCCGGACCCCAACCACGGCUUCUAUGUCAGCCCGUCUGUCCUCAGUGCCCUCGUGCCCAGCAUGGUGGCAUCCAAACCCGUGGACUGGGAAGAGAGCCCCCUCUUCAACACCCUGUUCCCGGGCUCCGAUAGCUCCAGCUACUUCGUGCGGCUCUACACGGAGCCGCUGCUAGUGAACCUGCCGACGCCGGACUUCAGCAUGCCCUACAAUGUCAUCUGCCUCACGUGCACGGUGGUGGCUGUGUGCUACGGCUCCUUCUACAACCUCCUCACCCGAACCUUCCACGUCGAGGAGCCCAGCACUGGCGGCUUGGCGAAGCGGCUGGCUAACCUUAUCCGGCGCGCCCGCGGCGUCCCCCCGCUCUGAGGCUCGCCCUCUUCACAGCUGGGGCGGCUCUUUCUCUCUGGGGAGGGGUGAUGGUGACCCCAAGGGCUCUUUCUACCGCUUGCUCUCCCCAGAGUAGGCUUUUGAACCAAACUGCCCCUGGACUAGGUCAGGGCCUAGAGCUGCGCUGUCCAGUGCAGUAGCCAUGAGCCAAAUGUGGCAUUUGAAUUUAAAUUAAUUUAAAUUAAAAAUUCAUUUCCUCAGCUGAACCAGCCACAGUUCAAGUGCUCAGUAACCAAAAGUGACUAGUGGCUAUUAUACUGGACAGUGCAGACAAACAUUUCCAUCAUUGCAGAAAGUUCUAUUGGACGACACUGGCCUAGAUAACAGAGUGUGCUGAAGAAUUUGUAUCACUGUGUGGUAGAUGCAAGUUACUGGUUGUGGAAUAAAAAGUGGUUGCUUCCUUGGU